AUGUGGAACGAUUAUAAUUUAAGAUGGAAACCAGAAGAGUUUGGUAAUAUUCAAACACUACGAAUACCAAGUAAACAAAUUUGGACACCAGAUAUUCUCUUAUACAAUAGUGCCGAUGAAAAUUUUGAUAUUACAAUGAAAGUCAAUGCCAUUGUGCAACAUAAUGGUGAUAUACAAUAUGUUCCACCAGUAUUAUUCAAAUCAAUUUGUUCAUUUAAUAUUGCUGCAUUUCCAUUUGUAAUGCCUUGUUUUAUUAUUAGUUGUAUGACAAUAUUUGGAUUUUUAUUAUCACCAGAUAGUGGUGAAAAAUUAACCUUGCAUAUUACAACUCUUCUCACUGUUGUUAUGUUCAGUUUACUUCUCGCAGAUAUUCUUCCACCAAGUUCAAAUGCUAUACCGAUUAUUAUUGCUUAUUUCAUGUGUGUUAUGAUUAUAUCAGCAGUUUCAGUUGUUACAACAAUAUUAAUAUUAUCAGUUCAUUUUCGAAACUCUAAAAAUUAUACAAUGUCAGUAUGGGUUCGUAAGUAUAUUUGUAAUUAUUUAGCAUGGUUAUUACUUAUGAAGCGUCCCGGUCAUGAUUUGAGUUGGUGUAGGAUUCGUCGUCAAUGGGCUUCUCCAAAACAAGAAUCGAAUAAUGUAAAUAAAUCGAUCGAUAAUCGUCAUUCGAAGAUUUUUCCUGAACCAUCAUUGAAUAAUACAUUCGAGUUGUUAUCAACUAAUGUCGACAAGAAAUCUUCAGAAUUCUUAGAAAAUCAAAAUACAUCAAAAGAAUUGUAUACAUGUGAUAUGGAUAUGAUUCGUUCUGAGCUACGCGUUAUUAUUUCUCAACUUGCUAUUCUCGUUAAUUAUUUUCGACAAAAAGACAAAGAUGAUGAUCAGUCUCAAGAUUGGCAAUUUGUGGCAAUGGUCAUCGAUCGUCUUUGUCUAGUGAUUUUUGCUACAGUCAUGCUUCUUUUUACUGUACUUACUUUUCUCAACAUUUAA